GGAAGUAAUGUGAAAUAUCAGGAAGUAAGCUACAAGGUCCUGGCGACGAAGCUUUAUAAAGUUUCCACCUUUGUUUACCUUUACUUCGACCGUUCUCGUAACUUCAUUUGCUAGCUAGAAUUCAUCAAAUACAAAAUGAACAGACAAGUAGAGUAUGAUUCAUAUGAGAUAGAGGAGCCAAGUGAUGAAGAAAGAGCUGAGGACAGCUCUGAGGAUGAGCUGGAUGUGCUCUUGAACGGGACCCCGGAUCAGAAGAGGAAGCUCAUCCGAGAAUACUUGACUGGGGAGAGUGAGUCCUCCAGUGGGGAUGAGUUUGAGAAAGAGAUGGAGGCAGAGCUCAGCACCACCAUCAAGACUAUGGAGUGCAAAUGGGCGCCACCUACAGCACCAGCAGGAGAGGCUUUGGGUACCAAUGACAAUGCUGCAACACCUGGGUUACCACAGCCAGAGCUUUAUGACAAUGUUUAUUUUGACUCUGAUUCCGACGAGGAGGAAACUGCUCCAAGCAGUUCCUCGGGUCAGAGACACAGGAAACAGCGAUCCAUCCCCACCAACGAUGAACUGCUGUACGACCCGGAUGAGGAUGACCGGGAUCAGGCAUGGGUGGACGCCAAGAGGAGGAGGUACAACGAAAAGAGAAGAUUGCAAUCUUCACGAAACAGAAGAGGGCAGUCCCAGGGGCUUCCAAGCAGCGAUGCUGUCCUUAACUGCCCAGCAUGCAUGACCACGCUGUGCCUCGACUGUCAAAGGCAUGACAAAUACAGGACCCAAUACAGAGCCAUGUUUGUCAUGAAUUGUACAGUAAACAAAGAGGAGAUUUUACGGUACAAAACGCUCAAUGAGAAGAAUCUGAGGAGCAGAAAGAGGAGGAAAGGGCGUCAACCAGAGCCAACAGUGUCAACCACAAUGGAAGCCACAGAUUCAGGAGCAGUGUUGGGGAUGGGCGGAGAGGAGAUCUACCAUCCUGUUCAAUGUACGGAGUGCUCCACUGAGGUGGCAGUGCUCGAUAAGGACGAGGUCUACCACUUUUUUAACAUCCUCGCCAGCCACUGCUGAAGAUGCACUGUUGCGAUAUCCCUGAUAAGACUUUUGGUGUCUGAAUGUACAUCUUUUUAUGGUAUUAGACAGGGGUGUAAAGAUCAUGUAAAGAUUUGAUGUACAAGCAUUGGCCUCCAACAUUUUAUUAAGUUUACCCCUAUGGUAUUUAUUCUGUUUUUUUUAUAGGUAGAACCAAAGAUUUGUAUAUCUUCACACUGUACUGUCUUUGGUUAGGGUAUGGACGUACCAAGGAUUCCGGAUCGCAAUAACCGUUUGUAAAUCUGAUUAGAGUCGGGACAGGAAGUGGAAACCGCCCUUUGAGCGUCGCUUUUUCAUGUGAUUCGAGAUUGGUUGAGAAAGAAAGCCGUUAAACAUCACUGGGGGGAUUCAUCUGCACCGGUUGACGGUUGUUUGCAUUCGUUUUGGAUCCGGGCUGCCUCCUGGAUGUGAGCUAGGUGCCCUGUUUGAAGCCCACAGGGAUAUUUGGCUCAAAACAAAAGGGAUGUAAUUGGCAUGUUGAGGGUAGAGUCGAUUCUGUGAUUUCACAUGCAAAAGUGAUUGCUUUUGAUAAACGCUUUAUCUACCAAGAAAUAAUCGGCAAUCACAAAAAAGACAGAAUAAAUACAACUUCAAGUUAUGGCGUUUUGAAGUUAUCUGGAAGAAAAUAUCCUGGUUGUGUUACCAGUAUAUUCUCGUAACGGCUUUAUACAUGUUGAAGCCUUGGGUGAGAACCAUCUUCAGUAUCCUUUUUGGUUCCAGAAUAGUUUGAAAAUAACUAGGCUACUAGGUAUUUUAGCCGGAUAGAUAACUAACUACAACCCCUUGCCUUGUAAUUUCGAAUAGUUAGCAAGUAGCCUAUUUGUUGGUUAACAUUUUAUUGCUGAAUAGUAGACUAUGAAACGAUAACAGUAGGCUAUAGCUACUAGCUUAGGUGGUCACAGUGUAGCCUACUGUUGGUGCAUUCAAGACAACUCGGUAAUAUCCGACAUAAAAAUUUGUCUGAAAGAUGAGGCCAGGGUUUUCCACUUGGUCAAAUCCCGAUGUCAGUGAUCAGGUUGUAAAGGGGGAGCUCUAGAAAGAUGCCAAGUUGGAUGACCUUUCCAAACAUUUUUUUAAAUUUUCAGUCGUAGCUCGUUUUUUCCGAGUUCCCAGUUGUUUUGAAUGCGGCAUUUGUCUCACCUGCAGGCAUAAACGUGUGCAUGCGCAACUAUUGAGAAUUUUAGAACUCCGAUCUCAUGGAUUUCAAAGAUUAUUGCAGUCAUUGGUGUAGACUGAUUUGAUAUGUUAGGCUACUCAAGUAAGUUGGAAACUGUUCAAAAUGAGGUGAGGAAGAUAUGACUAUCAAAUUAGGCUACUGUUGAUCACAACACUGAACAAUUAUGACUGAAGAAUGAUUUUAUCCCUUUCAUAGGCCUGAUAAGCAGUGGUGUCUUUUUUUUCUUUUCUUUUUUAGCAGUGGUGUGUAUUCAUGGAUGCCAAGGGAAGCCAGGCUCCCCAAAAAAAUGUACCAAUAAAAAUUCAAAACAUAAAACAA